AUGAGAUUAUAUAAAAAACAAGAGGAAAAACAAAAAAGGAGAAGAAAGAAAGUGGUGAUUGAAUCUUCAGAAGAUACAGAUUCUGUUUCAAAAGAUGAAAAUACUAGGGGAGCUAUAGUUCUGCAUAGUUCUGAACAACAACAAGUAAAUUCAGAUGAUGAUUUUGUUGAUCCACCACCAAGAGUGAAACAGACAAAAUAUCAAAAGAAGGAAAAGUCAGAAUCAAAACCAAAGAGAUCAUUGAGGAAAGAUAAAACAGAAGAACAACCAGAAGAACAACCAUAUUAUGAUUACGACGGAAAAAAAAUCAGCAUAAGAUGUGCAGUCAAUAAUCUCACAGAUUAUAUUGAAAAUUUGUCAAAAGAGCAAAAGAAAGUUGUUAGGGAAAUAGGGUUUGGCAGCAUACUAUCAUUCAAGUUGCAUUCAGUUCCACGCAAAUUCGGAUAUUGGCUGGUAAAAAACUUUGAUGCUGAAAAUGAUGAGAUAAAUACUGGAGAUGAAAAGAUUAAGAUCACGGCUGAAUUGAUCCAAAAGAUUAUAUAUGCUUACAAAAAACAAGGAUUUGAAGAUGAAUUGGAAAUUGUUGCGCUAAAUGAGGGGAGAGAGGAGGAGGAUGAAUUUUAUGUUUAUCCAUCUGAAUCCGACAAUGAAAAAGAAGAAAUUUGUCAAGAUGAAUCCGAAGAAAAAGAUGAAGACGAUGUUGAAGAACAACCAAACAUCCAAAUCAACUCAGAAGAGAUAAAAGAAGGAAACACCUUACUUAAAGCUGCAAUACACUGGAUUGAACAAGAGGAUGCUCAAAACAGCCAACUUAAAACCAAUGAAACUGAAAAAACACAAACAGAAAGUGGAGGAUCAUGGGGGCAAUUCUUCAUAAAACCAUCAGAAGGAAAUAAAGCUAAAUUAUGGGUAGACAGUCAAUGCCGAUUGCGUAAUUUCAUGCCAUCACAAAAUCAAAGUGAAGGUCUUUCUGACAUUCAUUCAACAAAAAGUGGCGAUUGA